CGCCGGCGAGAGCAGUUCCGGGUGCGGUGCGCGCCAGGGGCGGGCGGGGGGCGGCGUCCUGGCCAUGGCCGGCCUGUCGGACCUGGAGCUGCGGCGGGAGCUACAGGCCCUGGGCUUCCAGCCAGGACCCAUCACCGACACCACCCGGGACGUCUACCGCAACAAGCUGCGCCGCCUGCGGGGCGAGGCCCGGCUACGCGGCGAGGAGCGGCUGCGGGAGGAGGCCCGGCUGCGGGGCGAGGAGCGGCUGCGCGAGGAGGCCCGGCUGCGCGAAGAGGCGCCGCUGCGAGCCCGGCCUGCUGCGGCCUCCCUGCGAGCGGAGCCCUGGCACUCCCCGCCGGCCUCAGGCUCGGCCUACGCGACCUCUGGGGCCUACGGCGAUCUCGGGGCCUCCGCGGCUUCCUGGUCCGGGAGCCGCGGCUUCUCUUACCCCGCCCGCCCUGCGCCGCUCAGGCGCCGCGCCUCGGUCCGGGGCAGCUCCGAGGAGGACGAGGACGCCCGGCCGCUCGACCGGGCCGCGCCGGGCCACGGAGUCCGUCGCUGGUGGGCCACGACCCCGGCCCCGGCACGGCUGCCCUCCACCCUCCUCGGCGCCGACCCGCGUCCGGGCCUGCGAGCGACGCGGACGGGCUCAGCCGGCGCGGCGCGGGCCCGGCCCGAAGCGGGGCGGCGGCUGGAGCGCUGCCUGUCCCGGCUCCUGUUCUGGGCCAGCCUGGGGCUGCUGCUCGUCUUCCUGGGCAUCCUCUGGGUGAAGAUGGGCAAGCCCUCGGCGCCGCAGGAGGCAGAGGACAACAUGAAAUUAUUGCCAGUGGACUGUGACAGUAAAACAGAUGAGUUCUGUCAGGCCAAGCAGAAGGCGGCCUUGCUGGAGCUGCUGCAUGAACUGUACAACUUCCUGGCCAUCCAAGCCGGUAAUUUUGAAUGUGGAAAUCCAGAGAAGCUAAAAAGCAAAUGCAUUCCUGUAAUGGAGGCCCAGGAAUACCUAGCAAACGUGACCAGCAGCUCCUCUGCCAAGUUUGAAGCUGCACUGACCUGGAUACUGAGCAGUAACAAGGACGUGGGCAUCUGGUUGAAAGGGGAAGACCCAUCAGAAUUGGUGACGACCGUGGACAAGGUGGUAUGCCUGGAAUCCGCCCGCCCGCGCAUGGGUGUCGGCUGCCGCCUGAGCCGCGCCCUGUUCACUGCUAUCACCAACUUGCUCAUCUUCUUCUGGUGCUUGGCCUUUCUGUGGGGCCUCCUGAUCCUCCUGAAGUAUCGGUGGCGGAAGUUGGAAGAAGAGGAGCAAGCCAUGUAUGAGAUGGUGAAGAAGAUUAUAGACGUGGUCCAGGACCAUUACGUGGACUGGGAGCAGGACAUGGAGCGCUACCCGUACGUGGGCAUCCUGCACGUGCGCGACACCCUGAUCCCUCCGCAGAGCCGGAGGCGCAUGAAGCGGGUCUGGGACCGGGCUGUGGAGUUCCUGGCGUCCAACGAAUCCCGGAUCCAGACAGAGUCCCACCGUGUGGCUGGAGAGGAUAUGCUGGUGUGGAGAUGGACUAAGCCCUCUUCCUUCUCCGACUCAGAGCGAUAAAUCCCGGGCGGGGGCCUGUUCCCAGUCGGCCUGUCCCAGGCCAGUCCCCUCCGGGGGCGCGAGAAGGCCACCAGACCUGCCAGUGCUGAAUUCACACUUGCCUUGACUUUCACCUUCCUCCAGACUCUGGUUCCAAAGGUCUCUCUGUAAGACUCUUCAGAGAUUAGCUUGUAGGGAAGCGUGGGCUUCCUUGAAGGGCACAGGGGAAAAGCCAGAGGCCUUGUCCUCUGCAUUGGUCCAAUCCUGUGCCCGACUGCCGGCAGAAGAGGGGAGAAGGGUUUGUUUUUGAUGAACAAAAAAGAUGAAAGAGCAGCAGCCGUGAGACCCUGCAGAGCUAGUGUGCAGUUAGGUGGGCUGGAGCUCGUCCACCGCUGGCGAGCACUCAGCAGGGUGGGCAUCGUGCCCGUGGGCGGUGGGUCGGGAUGGCAGGCUGGGGCGGCAGGGGUCAGGGAGCAGUUUGGUCCAUGUGCCUUCAGAGGGUGUUACCUGGGAGCUCAAGGGAGAGGGGAGAAAGCCUGUCCUCUAGCUGGGUUGGGCCUCUUUUAUCCUGAAGGGGGAAGGUGCUAGCAGUUAGAACGAGUACUGUAGAAGGACUAUCUAGAAAUGCCAGGCCCUGGCACGCAGGACCCUUGGGUCGGGAGUGAGCUGCUGGCGUGGCCGCCUGAGAGCAACCGGGAGCAGACAAGGGCCGAGGCGGGUAGGGCUGCCCAGAGGCGGCCUCUUUAGUGGUGCUGCUCACAGAGUCGCAGUUCUAGACCAGACCUGCAGCCAGGGCACUGCAUCGGGCCGCGAACGCAGAUUGCAGGACCCAGGGAGGUUCUCGCCUCCGGGGUGCGACGGUCACCUUGUCCCGUGGCGGCCACAGCGUCCCGCACGCCGGGGCUGCUUAAGCAGAACUUCCGGCACCGACUAGGUUCGCAAGGGCGGCUCGGCUGCCCCCUGCUGGCCUCCCCGGGAGCGUGCCGGCGCCGCCGCAGACCUUCGCGGCCCCCCGCCAGCCCAUCAGCCCGCGUCGCGGGAGCCUGUCUCCGCAAACACCCUGGCGGGGGGGCCUUAGUUAAGUGCGAGGAGCCUCUCCAGCAGAGCUUCGUCCCCAUAUGUUCUCAUCUGCGGCCGCGGGAGAGGGGCAAGCAGAGGAGCCGAAACAGCUGCCUCCAGAAGGCACCAACCACCCCUUUCGGUCUUCCUGGUAUUUUUUGUUUCCUUAAUAAAGCUCCGGUCUCCCUCAUUUGAGCAAUACUCUCUCAUUUCCUCUGAUGUCUGGAUGAUCGGGGGGGCUGGACUCUGAGUGGCAGCCCCGUGGCAAAGAAAUGGUCUCUUAAUCAAGGCUGCAGCCAGAAGAAUAACGCUGCAACAGGCUUCAAUAUCAGGGUUGAAACUGUUGGAUAAAUAAACUAUUUAUUAAAAAUG